UUUGCUCUCCUCAGAUUGAUAGUCAGUAAAAAAGAACGGCGGCUGAUUAAAGGCUCAGGCUUUCACCUGGAUCUCCUACUCAUAGUUAUUCUUGGUGCCAUUUGCCCUCUUUUUGGCCUUCCCUGGCUCACUGCAGCCACUGUGCGCUCUGUCACUCAUGUCAACGCUCUCACUGUAAUGAGCAAAGCUACAGCUCCUGGCGAAAAGCCCAUGAUCCAGGAGGUGAAAGAGCAGAGGCUUACUGGACUUCUUGUGGCUGUACUUGUGGGAAUGUCCAUUGUGAUGACGGACGUGCUGCGCCUCAUCCCUCUGGCUGUCCUCUUUGGUAUCUUCUUGUACAUGGGGGUCACCUCACUCACGGGCAUCCAGCUGUAUGAACGCAUUACACUCAUGGUCACCCCUGCCAAGCACCACCCUGACCACAUCUACGUCACCAAGGUGAAGACAUGGCGCAUGAACAUGUUUACCAUCAUCCAGCUGACGUGCAUCGUGGCUCUCUGGGUAGUGAAGUCCACUGUGGUCUCGCUGGCGUUCCCCUUCAUCCUCAUCAUGACAGUUCCUCUGCGGCGCCUCAUCCUUUCCAGGAUUUUCGAGGAGCGUGAGCUCCAGGCGCUGGAUUGCGAUGAAGAUUCACCCAACUUUGAUGAAGACGGCAGAGACGAGUACAAUGAGAUCCACAUGCUAGUAUAAGCUAAGCAUAAAUCCUGCUGAUAGAAAAAGUUUGUUCCUCCUCCAGCAGCUCUCACUGAUCAAAGCACACCGACCUUUUUGGAAGCUGACGUGACUUUGGUGAUAAAGUGAAAAAAAAAGAAAAUAUUGCUGAGUCAGCACUUUAUAUUUUUUUGCCUUUAUUUAUUCCAAAUGUUAAAAAUUACUAUGUGGUGUUGUAUCGACUUCCUGGCUUGAGAUUUACUUAUUUUUGUUAGUCAGAAAACUACCAAGUAGCUUUGGAAAAAUACCCAAAGCCCCAAAAAAACCACCUGAUCCUUUAUGUCCCUUUAAUUGUUCUGCAGGUUCUGGGCACACGUGCAAUGUCGAUGUCGACCUCUAGGGCGACAAAGAAGGAUAAUGUCCUUGUUUUGUCGUUCAGAAAGUGCAUUGUCAUCCAAACUAGUAAUUGUUUAGAUGAACUAAACAAAAGCUGAAAAAGUGAUUGUCACUGCCUGCUGUUUAGCUGCCUUUUUCCCUCUUUGCCACUGUACUGCCAUUGUUUUUUGUUUUCUGUUGCAACGACGUGCAAACAAAGAGUUAAACUGUCCUUUUUCCAUUUUGUGCCUCCUUUGGAAAGGGAGCACUUUAACUGAGCAAAAGUUCACAUUUGUUGCUGCCAGCCGGCCAGCCUCCCCUCUUUAAAAAGUAAUUGUCUCUGGAAGCCAAACAUCUCUGGAAAAAUGCUGAGAGGUGUGAUUGUAACUUAUAAGGUGAGACCCUUCAUGCCCCCUCAGUCAAUCCCAUUAUUUUUGACCCUUUGAUAAAUAUAUAUAUAUAUAUAUAUGAGUAUAUAUAUAUAUAUAAAUAUACAACAAACAUGAUCCCGAUCUUUAUUUUUCUACUUUGUCCUAUUUAUUUUGUGAUGGACUUUUUACCAUGUACGACUCUCAGUGGUGUUAGAAUAUGAAUAGCUUACAGUGCUAUUGUAAGAGUUAUUCUAAUAUAUUAAUAAAAAUGAAUGAACAUUAA